AUGAUGACCAAGCCGAUCGCCGCUGUACAAUUUGAAAACAUUCGCGAUCGACUUGGGAUCCAAGGUGCCGCAGCUAACGAGUCGAGAGGGAGUGUUGAAAAGACAGCGGCUGUGAAGAAGACACCUCGUCAAGCUGCGUCAAGUGUUGAAGCAGAGUGGAAGACCAAGCUUCGCUAUGUUGAAAAGACAGCGGCUGUGAAGAAGACACCUCGUCAAGCUGCGUCAAGUGUUGAAGCAAGUGGAAGACCAAGCUUCGCUAUACCGGUGGGUACCGGUAUGUACCAGUAA